AGUGGGAGCGGAGUCUGCAGCGUCUUCGUUGCCAUGGAGCCCGGGAGCAGGGACGAGCCGCAAUCCUCAGUUUCCCAGGCCAGUAUGUCCCUAGAGACCGAGGGGACGUCCACGCCGCCCCAGAACAACUCCAGGGUCAACAGCUGGCGCAUCAAGAAGUCUUCCUUGCAGUCCUCGCUCGGCAUCACCGAUAGUUACCAGUACGGCUUCCCCACGCGGUCCCUACGUGCUGGAUUCCAAGCGCUCCCGCCGCUCCCGGAGCCACAGUUGUUGCGUCCGCGCCCCGCCUCGCUGCGCACGCAGGACAUCUCACAUCUGCUUGCCCGCGUCUUCCGAAACUUGUACACCGCCCAGGUGAUCGGAGAGGAUUUGAGUGACAGCUUGAUCAAGGCCCGCGGCAGUGAGGAUGCGCGCCACGAGGAGUUCUUGGACCAGCUGCAGCAGGUUCGAGCGAUCUAUAAACAGCGUCUGGAUGAAGUUACCAAGUUGGAGAAACAUAUCGUCCAGGCCCGUGCACGAGAUCUUGCAGAAACAGAGCAUGCCACCAAAGAGGCCAGACUAGAUGUCCUGGAGACCCCUGUCAAGCUGCCCCCAGUGAAGACAGUCUUCAGGUGGUGUAUAGACAAUGAAUUGCUGCAAAAACAUCGCUUAAUCUGUGUAGAGGAUUACUGCAAUGAUCCUGUGCCAUUUUGCUCAGCGCCCAAAGGCACCUCCGCCCCCGGGGCUCUAAAACUGACUCUUAGUUGUGAGAGGCGCUUUAUGCUAAAGGCCAAGCUGGACAGGCUGGCUGAAGAGUCCUGCAAGAAGCCGGUCAAAUUUGAUGAGUUUGAGUACACCACAGACAGCGGGACCUCAACUUAUAAGACCAGACAAAGGACCAAAGUCACUGUCAAGGCGGGCACACCAAAGAAUAAGAAGUGGAUGAAACACUUACGGGUGCCACAGAGGGGCCUGGAGAGGCUUCUGCUUGCCAGGAUGGAGAAUCGGAAUCAUUUCCUGAAAAACCCGCGGUUUUUCCCGCCUAACACACCACAUGGAGGCAAGUCUCUAAUUGUCUCUUCAAGGAAGCCAGCGAGAAGAGGAGGAUCCCUGAGUGCAGAGCCGGAAUGGAGCUGUGCAGAUACCCCCGUGUUUCUGGCUAAGCCGUCAGUUGGAUUUUUCACAGAUUAUGAGAUUGGACCAGUUUAUGAGAUGGUAGUCACUCUCCAGAACACCACUGCGACCAGCCGGUACCUGCGAGUCCUCCCACCGUCCUCUCCGUACUUCGCUCUGGGGCUUGGGAUGUUCCCAGGAAAAGGUGGAAUAGUGGCUCCUGGGAUGACCUGCCAGUACGUUGUCCAGUUCAUUCCGGACUGUCUUGGGGACUUCGAUGAUUUCAUUUUGGUUGAGACCCAGUCUGCCCACACACUGGUGAUCCCCCUGCAGGCCCGGAGGCCGCCCCCAGUCCUGACCUUGUCACCGGUAUUGGACUGUGGCCACUGCCUCAUUGGAGGAGUGAAGAUAACCAGAUUCGCCUGCAAAAACGUGGGCUUCAGCGUUGGCAAAUUCUGCAUCAUGCCCCAAAAGAGCUGGCCGCCGCCCAGUUUCCGGGCUGUUGCGACCACCGGCUUUGUGGAACAGCCUCCCUUUGGAGUCAUGCCAUCCGUGUUUGAGCUGGCUCCGGGGUUUGCCAUCCUGUUGGAGGUCUUGUUCCUCCCGACCGGCCUAGGCAAGGCAGAGGAGACCUUUAUCAUCGUGUGUGACAAUUGUCAGACAAAGGAGCUGGUGAUCGUAGGAACUGGGCAGCUGGUGGCUUUGGAUCUCAUCUAUAUUUCUGGUGGAAAAAGUGAACCAGACCCAGGAGAGCUGAGAGAUUUAACAGCCCAGUACUUUAUCCGAUUUGAGCCUGAAAACCUCCAGUCUACCUCAAGGAAACAGCUCAUUAUCCGAAAUGCUACGCACGUGGAGCUGGCCUUCCACUGGCAGAUCAUGAAACCCAACCUGCAGCCUCUGAUGCCUGGAGAGACUCACAGCUCAGACAGCAUCAAGUGCCACCCCGACAGGGAGACGGCCUUCUCCAUCAUUCCUGAGAAGGGCGUCCUCGAGGGCCACUCAGACCACGAGUUCAUCCUGAGUUUUUCUCCUCACGAGCUCAAGUGUUUCCACAGUGUACUGCAAAUGGUUCUGGAAGCUGUCCCUGAGCCCUUGAGCUCAGGGGUGGAGAACCUGGGGGACUAUUCCUACUCAGUGGAUGAUGUGAUCGUCCUGGAAAUCGAGGUGAAAGGCUCAGCAGAACCCUUCCAAGUCCUUUUAGAGCCCUACGCCCUCAUCAUCCCUGGCGAGAGUUACAUUGGCAUCACUGUGAAGAAGGACUUUAAGAUGUGGAAUAACAGCAAGUCGCCCAUCAGAUACACGUGGAGCAAGAUCAGCCACUGUCACAUCAUCGAAGUGGAGCCCUGCACAGGCGUGAUAGAGCCUAAUGAGGUCGGAGAUUUUGAGUUAAACCUAACCGGUGGAGUCCCUGGCCCAACCAGCCAGGACCUACAGUGUGAAAUCAAAGAUUCGCCCUGCCCAGUGGUGCUUCACAUCGAAGCUGCCUUUAAGGGACCUGCCUUGGUCAUCGAUGUCCCAGCCCUUCAGUUUGGUCUGCUCCGCCUGGGCCAGAAGGCUUCAUGCUCCAUCCAGAUCCGGAAUAUCAGCCAGCUCUCUGCCGUGUGGCAUUUGAGGGAGAGCCCAUUGUGCCUGGCAGAGAGACACGAGGAUGUGUCCCCUUUGGACAUGGAUCCCUUCAGCGGCCAGCUUCACCCUCUGGGGGAGUGCAAAGUGACUGUCGCCUUAGAGACUUCUCACUGUCAGCGGCUACAGACGGUACUGGAGCUCAAGGUGGAGAAUGGGGCCUGGAGCUACCUUCCUGUGUACGCUGAGGUACAGCAGCCUCAUGUGUACCUGCAGAGCAGCCAUGUGGAGUUGAGCAACCUCUACCUGGGUGUGCCCACAAAGUCAACCAUCGUGCUCGUCAAUGGCACACUCCUGCCCACCCGGUUCCACUGGGGCAAGCUCCUGGGGACCCAAGCAGCCUUGUGCACAGUGACAAUCUCUCCCAGACGUGGCCUACUGGGUCCCAGUGAAGAGCGCCAGCUCAACCUGGAAUUUACAGCCCAUACACUGGAAAAGCUGACGGAUUUGGCCCUCCCUUGUGAUGUGUCUGGCAUGGAGAAGCCACUGGCCCUGGGCAUCUCUGGGAAGCCUCUGGGACUGCGAGUGACCAUCACCAUCUCUGUAGAGGACUCUGAUGGAAAGACACAGUGGCCAGGCCACCCGGAGGAGCUCCGCUUGGACUUUGGCUCGAAUGUGCCACUGAGGACCCGUGUGACUCGCCAGCUCAUCCUGACGAAUUGCUCCCCGAUACAGACCCCUUUUACCCUCAAGUUUGAGUACUUUGGGAGCUCCCAGGACAGUCUGAACAAAAGGACCAGCCUCCCUGACAUGCCCCCAGCUCUGCUAAAGACAGCACACAUCCAAGAGCACUUGGCCAAGAAACAACAGCUGGACUUUUUGGAGAGCAUGUUAUCUCACAAGAAAGGAGCUGCUUUCAUGCCCCACAUUUCCCAGGGCAUGCUGGGAGCCUACCAGCAGCUGAGUAUUGACAUCACAGCCUGUGCCAACAUGUGGGGCGAGUACUGGGAUGACCUCCUUUGCAUGGUGGGGAACCUGCCAACAACUGUCAUCCCAGUGUAUAUGGCCGUGGUGGGCUGCCCCAUCAGCUCCCUGAGGAAUACGUGCUACAGUGUGGCCCCAUUCCAGAAGGAGCCUAUCAUCAGGUUUGGGACCCAGAUCUCUGGAGGAGACAGAGUCAUCAGAAAUCUCCGUCUGUAUAACUCCAGUCCCUGUGACAUCCGCCUAGACUGGGAGACCUAUGUCCCAGAAGAAAAAGAGGACAGAUUGCUGGAGCUGCUUGUGUUUUAUGGGCCACCCUUCCCACUGCGGGACCAAGCUGGGAAAGAGCUUGUGUGCCCCUCUGAGAGCAGCUCACCACAGUCCCCAAGUCCCUCCAAUAUGUCUGCGUCUAGCCAUGCAGUCCUCUCAUCGGGUAACUGCAGUAGUGGUACCAGGACUGAAGAACAGAUCAUCUCAGUCAUCCUGCAGGGGCAUGAGGGAGCGCCCUCCAGCAUGUACCACAUCAGCCCCAAGCAGGUGGUCAUCCCAGCUGGAGGCAACAGUACCAUCUACAUCUCUUUCACUCCCAUGGUGCUUGGUCUUGACACCUUACACAAGGUGGAAUGCACUGGCUAUGCCCUGGGCUUCAUGAGCUUGGACAAGGAGACAGACAGAGAGAUUCCAGGCCGAAUGCGUCGCCUUCAGGACUUUGCAGUGGGCCCCCUGAGACUAGAGAUGAACGGCCACAUAACACUUGCGCAGCUGAAUGCCCAGCUGGACAGCAGUGGCUACUUGGAAUUCCGGUGCCAGGCCAGUGACCUCAUCCCGAAAAAUCCCUGCUGUGGGGUGCUGAGUGACUGGUCUACCACCCGUCACCUGAAGCUGAUCAACACCACGGAGAUCCUGCACUACUUCCGGGUCCUGGUCUCCAAGCCCUUCUUCAUUUCUCAAGGUGGAGCCAGGUGGGACAACAGAGACUGUCAUCAGCACUGUGAAGAGGAGAUAGCCUCCUCAGGCCAGCAGCUGAUACUCCGCCCACAGGAGAACAUUCUGGUCAGUGCAGGGGUGCGCCAUCUCUCUCCCCACCUCUGCAGGCAACACAUACCCGUAUCCUGCCCACAUCUGGGUACCAGGUACAAAUGGACUGUCAUCGGUCCAUGCCCCAGACAUGUCCCUUUCAACAUACAUAGUCCCUCUGCGCAGGUUAUAUACAGAUAGACCUACAGCAAUAGCCACAUGCAUUCCAGAAACACAUCCAGACCCUCCAGUGUGUGUCCCUAUGUACCACCACUGAUGGCCUGGUGGGCACCCCCACUUCAUACCAUGCUCCAUCCCUUCUCACGUGCCCUUGGGCUCAAGGUUUAAUGCUUUGGCUUGGGGCCACCCGCAGUUGGACUGCCAUGAACGUAAAUCACUCAGAGCAUAGGGUGUGGAGGAGCCUGGAUUUUCAAAGGUGGGAUAGCCCUGGGAAUGUCAGGGCCUUGAUGGUAACUGUGAACUUCUGCUUCCUUGGUUUGAGGUACCUGAAAUGGGCAUGGGACCCAGGCUUUGCAGACAUAGGGCACGUGCGCAACCCUUUAAAUAGUGGCUCCCUGGGUAAGCACAGGCUUGUCCAGGAUGGACAGCAAAAAAACGCAGCCCCACCAUCUCCCGCCUUCCCCCCUGCCUUGCAACUCCCUCUUCCUCCCCUCCUUGCAGCCCCUCACCCCUUCUGUUGAUGGUCUGUAGAGCUCCAGCUCAGUGCCUGUCUUACCCGGCACAUCUUGGGUCAGCUCGUCCGGCUCCUCCAGGAUCUCACUGAGCAGCCACACACGUGCAGCUGUGCCUUCACUGUCUGCCGUGACAGCCUGCAUGUGUUGCCCUGCAGGACUUCCCGGACCUUGCUUGUGGAGGUGGGGGAGCCAGAGUCCGCGCUGCAGAUGGCAAGAGGGCUCUCCUGACCGCUCUGCCUGGGCUCCCUGCUGAGAGAGCUAAGGGCAAGGGAGGGUCCAUCCCACUAGAGCUCCUCAGGAGACUCAGGGGUGACCCAGAUGCUCCCAGAAAAAAAGGAAACAUCACAUAGUGGCCUUGCACCUUCCUCUGUGGGCGCAGUUGGGUGGCACCUGGGCAUCUGGCUCCUGACUUGAACUCCUUUAGUUCUAGAUCUAAACACACCCUGUAAAUUUGAACUCACCGCUAUCAUGUCGUGUCCCAUGUGAUGUCUUCUCCAUGUGGUGGCAUUUUAUCCUAGCAACCGCUCUCAUCAGCCAAAGCUCUGAGCUCCUCCCCAGGACGACCUCUGACUUGGCACUGCUACCGGCCUUUCUCAUCUUGGCCCUAGAUGGUGGUUUCCAAACCAGGGAAAACCAGCCUUUAGAAUGCCUGGGACAAGUACAAGCUCCCAGACCACCUUCAGUCAGAGCUUUCCUUGUGACAGUCAGAGCUGAGGUCCAGGAAUACUAGUAGCAAAUACUGAUUCUGAUGAGCUACCAUGGAGCUGUCUUGAGGGCUAAGAGCCCAAGCCCCACUCUGUUUGGCGUGAGUUCCAGUCUCUGGUCUGCUGUUCUCAGCCCACUCAUGUUCCACAGCCCAACUCCCCACUGUAGCCAGAGGAGGUCUCUGUCCUGCCAGCAACUUCCAAAUACCCAGCAGUCGCUUCCCAAAUAAUUGACUCAGAAGCUUAAUAUUACUUAUAAAUGCUUGGCUGGUAGCUCAGGCUUAUUACUAACUAGCUCUUACUUGGUACCUUUUCUCAGUACAGCAUUCUCAUCUUGCUUCUACUGCAUCUGCCUGGAGACUCAUGCCUCCUCCUCCUCCUUCCUAUCAUUCUGUUUGACUUUCCCACCUCACUUCCUGCACAGCCACCAGCCAAUCAGUGUUUUAUUAAACCAGUUGGAGUGACAAAUCUUUACAGUGUCCAAGAGAAUUACUCCACAGCACCCCAAAGCAGCCAGAGGCUCCGUGGAAGGAAAAACUGCCUAGGAUGUCUCAUUUCAGAUCCUAAUAGGCCCCUCAUGUCCUCAGGAUAAAAACAGUCUUUCCUUGGCCCAUACACAACCUCAGCCCAGGUCACCCUAAGUGAGAAGGGCAGGUUCCUUGCUCUAUCCCCUCCAGGAGACUCCCAAGGACAAGGAAGGCUGUCUUCUAUGCUGACUAGGUGCUGGGCACACAGCAGGCCAGUGCAGGGCUUGGGGGUCACAUGCUGCACAUGGGGGUACUGCUGAGCUGUGUACUGGGCAACUGGGACACUCUGCGCUCCACAGGCCCCAUAAGCUAGGGGCUGAACAGGACCUGACCGGACCAGCAGGCUGCCUGCCUUCAGGAACCUGGGGUGACACU